AUGUCCCUCCUUCAACUUGAGCGUUCCUAUUUGGAUGCUCUGUCUGAAUUUGGUCAGCAUGCACCGAAAACAAUUCAAGCGUGUGUGACUCUCAUAGAGACACUCAAUCAAACAGGUCAAUAUUAAAUAAAACAGAAUUAGCCAGGGGAGAAAUACUUUUAAAGAGCAACUGAAUUGGCUGCUGGAUUGCAAUCCGAAGAAUUGCUCGAUGUGAAGUACUUCACUUACAUGUUGUAUGCAGAGUAUAUGGAGCGCGAUCACAAUAAUAAGUAAGCCUACAAUCUACUCAUCCAAUUACUACCUUUGUAAAAAACAAAUCAAAAACCCAUCAUCAUGACCUAAAUCUAAAUCCUGAAUCAUGUAAUAGAGAAUGGCCGACUUUGCAAAAUAGCAAGUGUUGCGUCCUUGAAUGAGAAAUUGUUGAAUCUGAUGGAAGAAAUCGGAUUGACAUUUUACCUUCAAAAACAAUUCUCAAAGAAGUUUUAAUUAAUUCUAUUACAAGCACUCUCAUUCUAAGCCAAAAUAUAUCAUAAACAAAAUAAAGACAGUUAAGCAGCAUAGUUAUAUUUUCAAUCGUUUCAUCUCUCGGAAUAGUUGCUUGGAAUUCACGAGAAGAGAACUCAAGAAUAUAAAAAGCUAUACGAAUAAUUAAGUGACAAGAUCUCUGUCAACAUCGAAAUAUAGAGUCAAGAUGAAUGCGAAGACGACCAACCCUAACAACUAUAAGUUACACCUCGAGAAGAAAUUCUUAAAUCCUUUCGUCCCAAAAUCACCUCAUUCAACAAUUACAUUAUCAACGUAGACUCCGCUAGAGCUCCCAAACCCUCCAAAAAGGUCGACAAAUCAAAUAAAUUAACCACUUCUUCAUCCAACAACAAACCUACUAUUUUAAUCAAACCCACCCCCUUGUCCUCCUUAUUCAUUAUUAAGGAUCAUUCCAAAAGACCUACUAGUUCCUAAGGCACCACAAAGUUGACUAGUCCUACCAGAGGUGCCUCCUUUCUAUCCAAAAAAAACACUGAAAGAUUUCAUCAUAAGAUGCCUUCUCUGGAAUAGAGUGCCAUCAAAGAAUUAGAUGACACACUGCCUCCCAAUCUCACUAAUGAAUUGCUCAUCACUAGACCCUAAUAUGAAGUCAAACCAUACAAAAGAAUUGAAUUCUAUAAAUAACACACCUCCAGACAAACCACAUCCACUUACUAAAUCUAACUCACCAUUCCAACUAGACCCCAAAUCAGAGAACCCUCCAAAAACACCAUUACUUCUAAAAUGGAUGUUAAGAAGAUAUCUAAUACUCCCAGCACCCAAAAAAUUGAAAGGCCUUCAUAAAAAAAAAUCUUAGCUCCUGAAAUCUAACCAACCGUCCUUAAUAUCAAACCCAUAGGCAGUACUAAAAAUUUAACCAAUGACAACGAUGAAGAUAUCACUAAAUAAGAGGAGAACAAAGUCUUAUCCUUUGAAGGCGAUGAACCUAUUAAAGUAAUUUCUCCCCAGGAUUCGAUUAUAGCGAAAUAUUUAGAAACUCAUCCUAUGGAAAAAUUGUUGGAGGCUGUGGAGAGAAUAAAAGGAAAACUAAGAAAAUACGUUUAAUACUCUCAUAAUAGGAAAAUAGAAAUGUAGGAAAGAAAACAUUAGCAUUCUCCCGGUAGAGUCAUUAUGAGCAAUAAAUAGUAACAGUUAAAUAGAUCCAAUACUUUAAUUGAUAUUGUUGAAAAAAAACUCCUUGAAAACGAAGCUAGUAAAAUCAUUUAUAAGUUUUUCUAAUCAUCAAAUACUAUGGAAUGGUAUCCUGUUCAUUUUUACGAUAAGUUAUUCACAGAUUUCGAAACAUCUAAAUGGACUCUUGAAAAUCCCAGAAUAAGAGGGCAAUUCCUACACAAAUCAUCAAAAACUGAUGAUUGUCAAUAAAUUAAUCUUGAAUAGAUAUAAAAUAUUCUCUUUAAUCUGUAAAGACAUUCAACCCUUUAAGUAAUUGGAUCAAUUGAAAUCUCUAAUCACACAAGAAAAAUUCAAUUUCGAUUUAUAAUAGACACACUAGUUGAACAUUAUAAAGAUAUACAAACUUACGAUGACAUGAUGGAUCUAUUUGAUUAACUAUUGAACAUAUACUUGAUGCAAGAAGAUUUAUUCAGUGAAUGGCUGGACAACCGAAAAGAGUAGACACUUUACAGAGUAAGUAAGGGUAGGGUUUCAUAGGCAGGUUAAAAGAGAUAAAGCAUCAAUAUUGAGUUUACCAAAGAAAGAAGAAUUGAGCUACAAGAUAAUAUGCAAUUCUAUUAAUAUCUUUUGUCGAAGGUUCUGUUUCUGAUCAAAAGAAUGAGUUACAUUAAAACAAUGAAUGGCUAUAAAUUUAAGUCAGUUCCCUAGAAUCAACAAGUCUCCAUUUAACAAUAUAACAAUUAGAUUUAUUAUAAAAAGUUAGAAAGAAUUAGCAAUUAUUUUCAGUAUUUAGACUGCGAAAUUUAACAUUAGAGAAGCAAGCCAAUUUUGAGUCAAAAGAGACAUCGCAAAAGGAAUAAAGAUAGGCAUCUAUUUAUUGCUCAGGAGAGGAAACAAACAAUAAUAAGAGAAGCCACAUCUCCUGCUUAAGAUGACGAAUCUCAACAGCAUUCAUAACGAGGCAGUCCCUACAUCUCCUUAAAGGAUACUGGCAUUAUCAUAGGUAAUGAAUUAUAAUCUCGAUAAUUAAUAUUGGGAGGAGAAACUCCACUCAUUCAACCCUAAUUGAAACAACCAGGCAAAUCAAACUGGAAGAACAUUGCCCAUUAAGAGGCACCUCCUUAAUUGAUAGACAUAUUUACUUUAGAAACCUAAGAUUACUUGUAAAGGUACUUUCCAGAAUUCAGACUCAACACUCCUCCUAUUGACUACCAUCCUAGCCCAGCUCCAAACAUUAAGAAAUUAUUAACAGAAUCUCAAUAUCAUUUUAGAUAGGAAGUACCAAGUAAGAAAUACGUUAAAUUGGAAUACAAGCCAAUUCACUUGGAGAAUUAUUUAAUUCUGACAUAAGUGGUUAAAAUUGAUUAACAAUUUUAUUAUCUCACCUUGACUGACAAAUUGUAAUUAAAAUAAAUUUUUGGAAAGGAUCUAUGGGAAGACCAAUUAGAAAUCCAAUUGAAAGAAUUGAUCAAUUACAAUGUCGGAAGAACUGGAUACAUUAUAGAUUUAAUAGAAUUAUAAAAUAUAUUAUAAUCGAAGCUCCAAAUUGUUAAUUGUCGGAUUUAAAUCAAAUAGGAUGAGACUGAUAAUUCAUAUCAAAAAAAAUUAAAUAAAAUCCUCAGAGUAAAUAAAAGACUUUAUUAAGUUAUUCAAUCAAUUGAGUUCAUCGAGGAAGGACUCAAAGAAAUGUCAUAGGAGAGUAAUAGUCAAUAGGAAGAUGGUGUUGAAUUGAUUGAAGAACAAAAGAGGGAACCACUUAUUGAUAUUGUGUUUAUACUUGGGAUCUUAAACAACAAUAACUAUGUAGAAUACAUGAAUUAUUUGCCCAGUUGUUAUCUAUUAAAAAAUUCAAAUGGAAAAUUUAUGUUGUAAGACCCUGAAUAACCUAGGAAACCUAAAUUCCCUUAUAGAUUAAUCUUAUCUCAUGAAGAUAUGAACAAACACAUUUCUAGAACGAACGAAUAAACAAUCAAUGCAAAAGAUAUCACAUUAUUUCCUCAUUACAAUUCAGUAUUUCUAAUUAGAUAACAAUAAUUCAUUUAUAAACCAAUUGGAGUGAAAUUACGUAUUCUAACAGAUCUAAAAAAAUUGCAUCAAGAUUUUAGAAAUGGCCAAUCGAAGGCUCAUCUAUUAAUUUACUAUAACAAUCAUAAGAAAAUAUUCCUUAAACUUAAUUCCGAAUAGACAGAAAAAUGGGCUCAUCUAUUUCAGAUCGAUGGAUGCAUGCGUUGGCAUAUUUUAAAUUAUAAAACUAAAUUAAAAAAGACAUUAGUGGGAUUUAAGUUGUAUUAAAAUGAGAAUCGGGUUUCAUAAUCGAAAGAUCCGAGAUUCUUAUUGAUGCAAGAUAAGCUUACUCAAGCAAAACAGUAUUUUAUUUAAACAAAAAUUAAAUCCAUUGGAUGUGUUUUUGUUUGUGUAAAGAUUCACUCUUCAAUAAUGUUAAUGAGAAUAAUGCCAGCUGGAAACAAGAGCAAAUCUCAUCUCUUUAUAUUUUAAAUUGAUUAAUAAGAUCCUAUUAAAUUGACCUAUACUUUAUGUAAAUAAUUUAUUCUAAAAACAACCUAGACUUAUUCCAAAUUAGAGCUCAUGCCUAUCACAAAAAACUAAAUACGUAAGCAAUACCUCUUAUCAAAUUAAUACCAUGAUAACAAUGUGUUGAUUGGUUAAAAAUCAUAUUCAAGAGUGGUUUAUAAAUAAGUUAAAAAAAUAGAUAAAAGCUAUUUCAUAAUAACAGUUACCUUAAUCAAAAAUUAUUUCUAGAUUUAUCUCUACAACCAAAAUACAUGCAGAAGAUUUUAUUUUACAAUUCACAGAUCAGAUUUCCUAAUUAUGAACUAAUACUUUUUAGAUUCGAUCUUCCCAGAAUAACCACAUGAAGUUGUUGAAUAAUUCUUCAGGCCUUGGAAGUUGAAUGAAAUCUUAAAGAUCUAUUCUCUAAUUAAAAAAGCUCCAGAAACUUUUAGAAAUAGAACCUAACUCUAUCUUCAAUAGAUGUCACAAACCAAAAAACUACUUAAAAGAUCUGCAACAUCUAAUUUCUCAAGUGCUAGUGUCAUUUAGAGAUAAUCGACACUACAACUGAAUCAAUUGCUCGAAGAACUUAAUGAAGAUAAAUUAAAUAAGUCAUGUUGGUUAUUUGACAAGUUGUUAUUACGUAAAUCCAACAGUGUAUUUGAGAAUAAGUUAUGGAUGGAAAUAAUCAAGUAGAUGAACAUCAACCAAAAUCAAAUUGUUUUGGACACUUUUAAGACAGUUUUAUCUGAACUUGUGUAUUUCAAUGAUAGAACUUGCAAUUUUCUUUGUUAUAUUCCAUGCCAAGAGAUCUAAUAGUCUUUUAGGUGGUAACCAAUUAGAUUGCGAAUUCAUUCAUAUGACACUUGCAAAACUAUUGAUGUCCCUUUAAAUAUAAGAGGCAAACAAGUUCAAGUCUAUAAGUUAGGCAGUUCUUUGUAUUUGAACUACCAAAGUAAAUAAGAAAUACCAAGCAAUCAGGAAAUUAUGAAGGUCAAUAAAAAUAACGAUUCCGAGUAUAUCAAAUAUUAAUUACUUUAUAAGGGGGCAUUUAUGAAGCAUAAGAUGCUCUUCAUAACUAUAUAUUUAUACAAUGAAGUAUUUCGGAUUAGAAUCUUCAGCUAAACUAACUCUAUAUCUAGGAAAUUGGAUGUGAACUAGGUCGAAUUAAAGAUUCCGUAUAUUAGAUAAUUAUUAAUACUGAAUCCCUAUGAAGCUGGACGUAGAUUGAGCAUCAUCUAUAGGAAUAAUUUCAUUCAUGCUUCAUUUUUAAAAUUGUGA